CCGAGCAUAAAUGUGACCGGCCGCGGCUCGGCACAGUCAUCGCCCGCCUGCUCUCGAGCGUCUUCAGCGCCGCCGCCGCCCGCGGAGCCAGCACGAACGACCCAGCACCGGCCAGAUGGAGCGCACGCAACCCGACAGCAUGCCCCAGGAUUUGUCAGAGGCCCUGAAGGAGGCCACCAAGGAGGUGCACACCCAGGCAGAGAAUGCUGAGUUCAUGAGGAACUUUCAGAAGGGCCAGGUGACCAGAGAGGGCUUCAAGCUGGUGAUGGCCUCCCUGCACCACAUCUACGUGGCCCUGGAGGAGGAGAUUGAGCGCAACAAGGAGAACCCAGCGUUCGCCCCUCUCUACUUCCCAGAAGAGCUGCACCGCAAGGCCGCUCUGGAGCAGGACCUGGCCUUCUGGUAUGGGCCCCGCUGGCAGGAGGUGAUCCCCUACACACCAGCCAUGCAGCGCUAUGUGAAGCGGCUCCAUGAGGUGGGGCGUGCAGAGCCUGAGCUACUGGUGGCCCACGCCUAUACCCGCUACCUGGGUGACCUGUCUGGGGGCCAGGUGCUCAAGAAGAUUGCUCAGAAAGUCCUGGGCCUGCCCAGCUCUGGCGAGGGCCUGGCCUUCUUCACCUUCCCCAAUAUCGACAGUGCCACCAAGUUCAAGCAGCUCUACCGCUCCCGCAUGAACUCUCUGGAGAUGACUCCCGAGGUCAGGCAGCGGGUGAUGGAAGAGGCCAAGAUGGCGUUCCUGCUCAACAUCCAGCUCUUUGAGGAGUUGCAGAAGCUGCUGACCCAUGACACCAAGGAUCAGAGCCCCUCACAGGCACCAGGGCUUCGCCAGAGGGCCAGUAACAAAGUGCAAGACUCUACCCUGGUGGAGACUCCCAGAGGGAAGCCCCUUCUCAACACCAGCUCCCAGGCUCCGCUUCUCCGUUGGGUCCUUACACUCAGCUUUCUGGUGGCGACAGUUGCUGUAGGGCUUUAUGCCAUGUGAAUGCAGGCCUGCUGGCUCCCAGAGCCAUGAACUUUGUCCAGUGGAAGGCCUUCUUUCUAGACAGGGAAAUCUCUUGCCUGGCUUCCUUAUCUUCGGCACUGGAGGCUUUUGGGGCCUCCAGCCCUCUCACUGUGUCCCUCUCGCUGGAAAGGAGGAAGGAGCCUAUGAGGUCUUCCCCAGUGAAAAGCACAUCCAGCCAAUGGCCUAAACUUCAGAGUGGGGCAAGGGGUCUAUCCCUGCCCUUCAGCAUCCUCAGUUCCUGCAGUUGAGCCCAGAAGAUGCCCCAGAAGUGGCAGCUGUCUCAAACCUCCAGAAGCCAUGAAUUUGAAGUAUCCUUGUUGACACGGCCAUGACCGCUUUGAUCACUUUCCCCGUGGGCCAUGGCAAUUUUUACAUAAACCUGAAAAGAUGUUGUGUCUUGUGUUUCUGUCUUAUUUUUGCUGGAGCCACCGUGUUCCCGCCUCAGCCUCAAUUGCAGUAUUUUUGUUGUGUUCUGUUGUUUUUAUAGCAGGGUGGGGGUGGUUUUUGAGCAGUAUGUGGGUGGGGAGGGAGGGGUUUAAAGACACUGUGGCCUUGGUCUCUAACUUUUAUGAAAUAAUAAACAUUGAUAAUAACGUGAA